CUUUAAGGUAGUGAAGGAGGGGGAAGGGUUUGCGUCCUCCAGUGAGAAAUCAGAACUCUCCCUCCUCCCUCCGCUUCCCAGCCUCUCCUUUAAGACGUCGGUGACAUAGGCGAGUGGCGGCCGUUUCGAAUCCAGGCCUCAGGAAUUGCGCUUCUCCAGCUGCCCGCUAGCUUCAGAUUCCCGGUCCGGGAGCCCUUCACUGCAGCCGUAGGAGCUCCGGCUUUAGCCAGACUGUUUUGCCCGGAGCCCGGGCCUACCUGUUCCCGUCACCCGCCGCGACGGGCCCGGGCCUAGGCCCGAGCUCGAGUCCAUGGCGGAGGAUGAAAGGGAGCCCACCAGCCGUCGCCACGGCUUGUAGUUUGCAGAACCUAUUUGCUGUGGAAGAUGAAUUUGAAGAUGAGGAUUUCUUGUCAGCUGUAGUGGACACUGAAAACAAGUUCUCCAGUUCGUUCUCUGUAAAUCCAGGAUGCCUGCAACCUAUGUGUUCCGAGCCCAAAGCUGCCAAACAGGCAUUGACAUCUGGGCAGAUGACUUCCAGCUGCACUCUUCCUUCAGGGGCUUCAAGCUUGUCAGCCCAGGGUCUCAGACUCCCUUCCCCUAGCAUGCCCAGGGUAGGAGGAGAUUCUCUUUCUAAGGCAUCAACAUUCCUAAGGCUGUCCCCUUCUCCCAGCUUAGCUGGGGGAGGUAGAGCUCCAGGCAGAGUGACUCCAGAAGGAGUAACCACAGAACCUCAUAUACCUUUCUCUCUUGUGAACCAAUACCCACUGGCUGGUACCACUGUGAUAAGUAAAAAGGAUGAGUUCAGUAGGCUAUCAUAUGUGGAGCUGAGGCAGGGAGAUUCAAGUGGGCCUGUGAAAAGCCUGUUUCCUAGGCAGAAGGAAGACCCUGUGCAAGUCAAAAGGCCCCGAAUGACAGAGCUGGGAGAAUCUUGUUGCCAAGGGUCAGUAGUCACCAGACUGGCUGAGCCCCUACUCUUAGGCUCUAUCACCCACCAUGGGACCCCACAGCUCAUUAUGAAACCUGGAGCUUCCAGCAGCCUUACUUUCCCAUCUGGCUUACAAACUCCCAGUCAACUCACCCCCUGGCAAGCUGGUCCUAGGGGCAGUCAUCUCCAUGUGCCUCAGCCUCUCCAAACUGCUAAAUGUCAUGCUCAGUACAGUUCUCAAAAUAGUCCUGUAAUGCCUCAGCCAUUCCGAUCUCCACAUUCCUGGGAAAGUGGGAAACCUAGAGUUCUGGGGCAAGUUCCCAACCCAAACUCUUCCAUUUUCCCAGUGGCUAGCUCUGUCCAGAGACCCUUAGAGUCCCGAGCUCGGCUCUCUUCUGCUGAGCCUCUUGUCUUUACCCCACCCACCCCCUCUUCUUCCCUGGCGGCCUCAGGGAUUCUUCAGACCCCUAUAGUCACAAAUCACCUUGUACAGCUGGUUACUGCUACCAGUCGUACACCUGGGAUGCCUGCCCAUAUGCCCACUCGGGCUAAAACCCGCCGCUUUCCUGGACCAGCUGGCAUUUUGCCUCAACAGCACAGUGGAAAAAAUCUGGAGGAGAUCAUGAUUUCAACUCCACAGAUUCCAACUCAUGGUGCACUAGCUAAGUUCCAGAAAGAGGAGGUACCCAGUUCCCAGUCCCCAGAGGAAGAUUUUGAGCAUGGCCCCUGGCUGACUAUGAAAGCUGAACUGGGACUAGAUGACCAAGACCCUUCCUGCUUCCUCCACACAUACAGUAUCGUCAUGGUAUUGCGGAAGGCUGCCCUGAAACAGCUUCCCAGGAACAAAGUACCCACCAUGGCGGUGAUGAUCAAGUCCCUGAGCCGAAGUACAGUAGAUGCCAGUGUGGUGUUCAAAGACCCUACAGGAGAGAUGCAAGGUACAGUGCACCGGCUGCUGUUGGAGGAAAGACAGAAUGAGCUGAAGACUGGCUCUGUCUUGCUGCUGAAACAGAUUGGAGUAUUCUCCCCCUCACUCCGCAAUCACUACCUCAAUGUGACACCCAACAACCUGGUUCAGAUUUACAGCCCAGAUUCGGAAGACGGGAGAGUCCCCAGAAGCUCUCAGCCCCUUGCCAAGAUUUCCAGACAUCUCCAGUCAGAAUCUCUGUCUCAGCCUUCUGCCCCUGAGAGCUCCUUUAGUGCUCUUCAUUGUGAUGGGAAACCAGGAGAGGAACAUAGGACAGCCCGAGUGGAGGCUGCCUCCAGAGAAGAGCUUCCUGAAGCAGAUGAUCUGGAUGGGCUUCUCGGUGAGCUGCCUGAGGACUUCUUCUCUGAGGACAGUGGCUGGUGAAGUAGGACCACAAGGAGCUGGCAUUGUCUUGUUUAUUGCAAGUCUGACAUGGACAUGUCUAACCUUGUGAAAGAGUGGAUGAAGGCAGUGCUGUGUUCUUGCCUUAGCAAAUAACCUAGUGAACAUGUCAGCUGCCCUUCCACUGCCAGUUUCCAAGAGAGCUCUCCUUAUCUUCCAGGUCAGAGCAUCUCCCUCUUAACAGUUUCUGUCCUUGGAGACAGUGGGGGUUUGAUCUGGAAUCCAACCUGGCCCCAGAAAGCAUCAGUUUCAAUUGUAGACUUGUUUCCUGGUCCUCUUAUCGCUUUGGUCUCCAUUCUUUGGAUAGUUGGACAGACAGGAACAAAUAGGGACAUGUUCCCCUAGAAUCUGGGCUUAGAACUUACGUAUGCUUCCAUCACCACCCCACCUGGGGUUAAAUUAUCAGUUCAUUUUCCCUCAGAACCAUGUAUAUUCUGCUAAUAUCAUCCUUCCCCUGAAAAACUACGUCACUUAAGCCUGGAUUAUUUAUUUUCCUCUAAAACAAGGUCUGUGCUAAAGUUACACAGUUUAACUUGUGCAGGAGGCUUUCAGGUUUAGGGUCAAAGAAUUAGGGUAUUAUGCCAUAUUCUGAAACAAAGUAUGGUGCCACUUCGGACUUUAGGCUGUGCUGUUCUCCUGCCAAAUUCUCUUGUGACUUCAGCCUCCUUGGCUUCUUUGUGUGUCCUACCCAUCUUGAUGCUGGAAGCCAUAAUGUCAUUAGGGAGGGCUGAGCACUCUAAACCCAGACAGCCUUCAGAGAAGGGGACACCAUGACAUUAACUGUUAGUCCUCUAAUGUAGUGAUUUCAGUACUCCCAUGUCAGGCACUGGUCAAGGAGGAGGAUGGGACGCAAUUCUUUAUAUUUGUCCCAUCCCUAAAAUGUCUCAGAGUUAAUUACUGCACGUGAGGAAAAUAGAGUUGGUUUAACAUCUGCUGCUCAUUUCCAGAAAAGGAGAGGACCCAAAGAGUUAGGGCCAUCUGGGGUUAGGUUUGAAUUGCCAACUCGCUCUCAAGGACCACGUUAUUUAGGCUUGGGGCCUCUCUCUAAAAUGUAACUUCCCCACUUCUAAAAUGUAUCUCCAUUGUGAGGCUAAAAAGAGAAAAGGAAAGGCUAUAGGGGAUGGGGAGGCAAUCAGUCAUUUGAUAAGCAUUUCUUAUGUUCCAAGUCUUGGACGCUGUACUACACAGUAAAGAAUGAAAUAACUCCUGUCAUAGGGAUCUUACAUUCUAAAGUGGAAUAUUACAAAGUGUACGUGUGUGUGUGUGUGUGUGUGUGUGUCUAUUCAGAAUAAAUAGAAAGUUAAUUAAUACAAGUAACUAAAUGUAAUGUUGCUUGGGAGGGAAGACACUGGCAGUUAGAGAUAUUAAGGAAGGCUUCAUGUAGAAGUUGCUGUUUGAACUGGGGGGUUCAAGGAAGUGGAAGAUUCUUGGAGUCAAGAAGUGAGGAGGACAGACAUUUUAGGCAUGAAGAGCAGCCAAUGCAAAGCUACAAUGGGGUGAUAGCCGGAGGGACUGACCCUUGUGUCAUAGUUGGCACCUUGGACUGACCUUGAUCUACCUUUCUUACAUGAAUAUUUUACUAUAAGCUGGAUCCCUUUCCUUCCCUCAGCUGCAUAUACAGCUAACCACUUUUAUCUCUGCCAGAUCUCCUGUCUGGAAUGUCCCUUUUCUUCCUGCCCCAAUCCCAUCUCUGCCUAUCAGGCCUCCAUCUAGCUUUCAAGGCCUGGAUCAGUCUUGUCUCUGUGAAACUCCCUCAGGUUCUUCUAGCCCACAGGCCUUUCUCUUCUGAACUCUAUUUAAUACAUGUUAAAAGACACAAAGAUGGAAAAAAAAAUAACUGUAGAGUUUAGAGCUGGAAAGGACUUUAGAAAUGUUCUUAUUGUACAGAGGAAGAAACUGAGGCCCGUGGAUUUGAAGGGAUUUAUCCAGGUCAUGCCAAUAAACAGAUUCAGGAUUCAAA